GCCCUUCUGCCCGUUGGCAAUCCAAACAUCCAGCGCCACCAUGAACAACAUUUGCGUCUUUUGCGGCUCUUCCGACGGGGUCUCGCCCGUCUACACCGAGAGUGCUCGGCAGCUCGGCAACGAGCUCGUCCGCCGCAACAUUGGCCUGGUCUAUGGCGCCGGUCACCUUGGAUUGAUGGGCACGAUCGCCAAGACGGUUGCCAACCAGGGAGGCAAAGUCCUUGGGAUCAUCCCCACAGCUCUCUCGCGAUUCGGCAAUGGGCUGAACAUGAUCGGCGAAACGAUCGAGGUCAAGGACAUGCACUCGCGCAAGAAGCUGAUGGCCGAUCGGUCCGAUGCCUUUAUCGCGCUCCCGGGAGGAUACGGCACAUUCGAAGAGCUGCUGGAGACCAUUACCUGGUCCCAGCUCAACAUCCACUCCAAGCCCAUCGGCAUCCUCAACACCAACGGCUUCUAUACGCACCUGAUUGCCAUGAUCGACCACGCAGUCGCAGAGGGCUUCAUUCGUCCCCAGCAACGCAGCCUGGUGAUUGUGCACGAAGACCCAGUCAAGCUGCUCGAUGCCCUUGCUUCGUACACCAAGACCCAAGUCAGCGACUUUAAGCUGGACUGGUCCAGCGCUUGAAGGAUCCUGUCGGAACGCCCAUGAUAGAACAUGACAUGAUGCAGACCAGAGCAGACCACA